AGCAAUUGUGAGGGAGGGUUCAUCCUCGCAUCCUUACCUCGGUCACCCAGUUUCCACUUCCACGCCUACGUCGACUCCAAUUCUCGACACCCAUUCGACCACCAUACCAACAGUUCAGACUUCGAAUUCUGCCUAUUAUCCGCCUUCGAUAACAAUGCUUUCUACCUCCCCAUCGAGUUCACUCACCAUGUCACCCUCGACCAUAUCUUCGCUACCGAAUUUUUCCGCCAGACCCUCGUCGCCACACGUGAGCCAACAGAGUCCCCAUUCGACUCCGCCACAUUCAGAGUCGGUGUCAAGAGACGAAUCGAACAUCACGGGGCGUGUUACUGGCCGGAGUAAUGCGAAGCAGACUGAGCCCGGUGCCUCAGUUCAGAAUGAUGCAGAUCGAGGAGAAAGGCAGACCCAUCAGCUGGAGCCGGUACACAUGGAGUUGGUGUAUAGACAUGUAGGGAAGUUGUUGGUUUGUCGGCUUUGCGAGUACCGUAAAGCAAAUGGCUCCAGAGAACAUCCGAUCCGUAUUUUCCCAGACGCGGCCUCCUUCGAAACCUUGACAAGCCAUUGCAGGGAUAUCCACGGCUCGAGGCUAUGUGAUGAGCUGGCCGGUAUGGACGACGAAGGUAUACGUCAGACGAGGGACAGGGUGGCUCGGGAGGACGAAUUUCGUCGUGCAGAGGCAACGGGCCAGAUCAUUGUGGUGGACUGAGGAUAGGUUUCGUUGUG